UUUGCUUCUGCUCCGCUUGCGUGUCGCCGCGCAUUCCUAAGGCGCAGGGGCUGCGGGCGUUGCAACGCCUUCCUCGCUCCCAGCAUGGCUCUGGAAGGGGGCAACAGAGGAGGCGGCAAGAGCAGCAGCAGCAACCUGGAGACUGCCUUGGCCGAGUGCACAGCAGCACUGAACUGUUUCCUGCGUAACCAGUUCAGUGAGAGCCUGGAGAUGUUGCAACCCAGGUCCCGGGAGAGCAUGUACCAUGCCUUAAUCUAUGCCACUAUCCUGGAGAUGCAAGCCACAAUGACCUUUGAGCACGAUGAUCUUGUCCAUGCUGCACAGAUGAUGAAGGAGGCACAGGACAUCUGCCAGAGGUUUCGAAGGAAAACCACUGUGAGCAGUUCCUUUUCCAGUCGGCAAAGUGGAGAUGCAUGUACUGAAGAGGAGCUGCAUGCUGAAGUGUGCUAUGCAGAAUGCCUGUUGCACCGGGCAGCCCUUACUUUCCUCCAGGAUGAAAAUAUGGUGAAUUUCAUAAAAGGGGGAAUCAAAGUGCGUAACAGCUACCUCAUCUACAGAGAACUCAACAGUUUCAUCCAACCUAACCAGUUGCCAAGAAGCUCCUCUCGUGUGCAUCUGGAGGGAGGAAUCGCCCUGGGCAUUGGUGCUUUCAACUUGACUCUUUCCCUUUUUCCACCCCGGAUCCUGAAACUCUUGGAGUUUGCUGGGUUUUCAGGAGACAAGGAAUAUGGCCUGCGACAGCUGCACCAGGGGGCCACCACAUGCAACAUGAGGGCAUUGCUUUGCACAAUGCUGCUUCUCUGUUACUAUACCUUCCUUACCUUCAUCUUAGGUAUUGGUGAAGAUGAUUUUUCAGAGGCUGAAGCCCUGCUGAAUCCAUACCUCUCCCGUUACCCUCAGAGUGCAAUUUUCUUGUUCUUUGCUGGGAGGAUAGAGGAGAUCAAAGGAAACAUCAGUGAGGCCAUUAAGAAGUUUGAGGAAGGCUGCUCAGUCCAGCAGGCCUGGAAGCAGUUUCACCACAUGUGCUACUGGGAGCUGAUGUGGUGCUUUGCAUACAAAGGGAUGUGGAAGAUGGCCUACUUCUAUGCAGAUCUGCUGAGCAAGGAGAACCGCUGGUCCAAGGCAAUGUAUGUGUACAUGAAAGCGGCCUUCCUUAGCAUGCUGCCUCCAGAAGAACCUCGACCUUUUGGGGAGGACGAAGUCGAGCUUUUUAGGCAAGUUUCUUCCUUCAAGCAGAAGAUUGCAGGAAAGUCUCCACCCACUGAGAAAUUUGCCAUCCGCAAAGCAAGACGCUACAAAACCAGCGAGUAUGUUCCCUUGCCUGUGCCUGCCUUGGAGAUGAUGUAUAUGUGGAAUGGAUUCACAGUCCUGGGCAAGCGGAAGGAACUGCUAGAAGGGACUCUGGAAACCUUGACACAGGCUGAGAAGCGGCUACAAGAGGCACCAGCCAGUGAGUACCAGGUAGAUGACCAGUGUCUGGUGCUCCUCCUCAAAGGCCUGGUGCUCAAGCAUUUGCACAAUUCAGCUGAGGCCGAGGCCUGCUUCAGUGCUGUCCAUGGCAGUGAGAAACGGAUCCGGUAUGAUCACUAUUUGGUGCCCAAUGCACUUUUGGAAUUGAGCUUGUUGUGUGUGGCCCAAGGCCGGAAUGAGGAAGCGGUGCAGCUGCUCCGUAGGGCAAAGAACCAUUACAAGAACUAUUCAAUGGAGUCACGGACCUUGUUCAGGAUUCAUGCUGUAUUGUCCAAGCUCAAGGCUAGCCAGGAAGAAAAUGGUGCAGAUGGAGCCAGCCCUUCCUAGGGCAUGAAAGAGACACGGUUCUUAUGAGUAUGUGGACCAAAGAGACAAUCUGCCAAAGUACAAGGCCUUGGGAUACUGUCUCCUUCCAAGAGUGGAUCCACUUGGAGACCUGUGUAUUGUCAUCUAUUGUGCCACUUGGUUAUCGGUCUGCUGUUUGAUACUUGGUAUACGGGAAAGGAUUGUUUUUGCCUAUUUGGAUUUCUGCUCUCAAAACCAGGGAGCAGCUGGGGAAAUAUUGCUUGGUAUUUAAAGAAGUUGAAAGGAGCUAUCUGUCUUUAUUAAUUAAUCUCCUCUCAGGGUCCUACAAAUGAGGGCUAAGUCCUCUUCCAUUCUCAUGAUAAGUUGGAAAUAGACUGAAGAUACAAUGCUCCCUAUGUACUUUUUGGGGUUCUCUCUUUAGUAUUUGUUAACCGUUCUAUUCUGUCUUUUCUCCUUGUCUGCUUCUUCACUCAAGAAAUCCCACACUAAAGGUCACCCUUCACAUCACAUUGGUCUUGAACUCAGAGUGCCAAUAACUUGGAAAUGACUCUCAGCUUUGGCUAGAAACUCUGUUUAUCUCAAGUACUGGGGACUCUACUCUGCUGUGGCCUUCUCUUUUUGAAAAGUGUAGAGGCUUGCUUUUUUUAAAAAAAAUCACCAGUUCAGUUCCCAUGUAAAGGACAGUGUUUUCUUGUGUCAGAGAAAACAAGCUGUUUACUAGCCCUUAAAAGUUUACAGACUCAUACUCUUAUAGUAGAAAACUCAUUGUCAUUGCACGCAGAGACAGAUGAAUAGUUUAGACUUUCAGAAUGAAAUUUCCUGAAAUAGUAGCUAGGCCGCCAUAGAAACAAGAAGGUAAGUAUGGAUUGACUUCUUCUGUCAUUCUAAUGAAGACUUAGCACUUGGUCUUGUGUGUACAGAACAACCAAAAACUACUGGUGGACUUCCCUGAGUUGUGUACCUUUCAGUCAGUUUAUUGCAUCAGCCUCUUUGAGUGAGUUCUACAGAUUCACUAGGGGAUUCAAAUACUAUGUAUGCACCUUUGACCUGUGUUAGUAGCUCUCCUACAAAUCUUGUGCAUACUUUGGCAAUGACUUGCUAUGAAUUUUUCUCAGGCGUGUUAAUUAAAGAAGUAUUGAAACCCAUGUCAGAGAGCCUGAAUUGGCUCCAAGGGAUUUUAGCACUGCUAGUUUUAAAAGCGCUUAGGUUGUAAAUUAUGUUAUAAAGUAGCAUGCAUGGUAGCAGAGCAGAAAGGCAUGAAAGGGACAGCUUCAUGUCCCCCCCCCCCCCCAUUGUUCAGUCACUGCACUCUUUUGAAGUCUGAUCCUACCUCUCCCUUGUUUGAAAUGUCUUUCAGAGUCUCUUGUUACGGAAGAAAGUAUUCUGCAAUUGCUAUUUCUUGCUGCUUUCAUUUGUUUUGUUUUUUCUCUUCCCCUCCACUUGGCUGUAGCCUGUUGCUUUCCAAUCAAAAAUAUUUUCAGGGAGCAAGUUAAAUGUUUCACUCAACUGGCACUUUCCCAUUGCAGUGGCACUUCACCUAAUAGUAUGAAAGUGUAGGCCUUUUUGUUUGUGAGCUGGAUGAAGAUUGAGCGAUAAGGAUUGAAUGCUUUUGACUCAUGACCAUUGUAACUUGCCCACCUUGAAGCCUGCUGACAUGUCUUUUUCUCUCUGUGCAACCUGCCUUCUCACUACAACUUUUAAAGGAUUUUGAAGUACUUUGAAUUGUUUACUGUGUGUGAAUCCAUGAGAAUCCAUUCACAAAUGUCUGUCCAGUGAAGGUCCCUCUGAUUUCUUGCAUCUCCUACAGUCUGACCCAUCUAAAAGCCCAUUUCAAAUGGAUAAAUCAUUCAUGCUUGAACUGAUGGUAAUUUGGAACACACAAUUCAAUAAAGGGAGCUCUGACACAAUUUGGAAAAGGACAAGGCUAACUCUAAUAUAUAUAGAAUCUUGCAGCAGCAUACGUUUUAUUUUUAUUUUUUUUAACAACAACUCUUUAUUGAUUAAUCAGUUUUGACCAUAUCAAAACAUGUGAGGGCGAUCUGGCUGCGACAUCCGUCACCCCAUUGAUCACCAGGGUUGAUUCGGCUGAUCUGGCUGGCUAGGCGGGUGUCCCCUUCCUCCCUCACCGCUCCAUGUGCUUCCCGCCCGAAGCUGCGCGCUCGGUGGAAGAGGACGACGUCCCAGGUAUAGAAGGAGUGUACCGAGGUCUCCAGUCUUCGGUCCCGGGUAUACGAUAGCUGCGCUCCCCUGCUAGAACCUCCAAACAUACGUUUUAUUUGUCACACAAUAUACUGAUCCAGUCAUUACUGGGCUGAAAGCUCAUGUCAAAUCUUAGACAUUAAGGUGACACUAGUUUUGCUGUUUUGGCUGCGACAACACAAAUAUCCUUAAUGUAGUUUAUUGUAGUGAUAUCUAGACUAUAUUCUGCUACAUCUAUAUGUAAAACUUGUUAUAAAUACAAAUGUACUGCAAGGAGAAGCAUGCAACAAUGUCGCCCUUGUGAGAAUUUCUGUAAGUAUUAGAAGGUUAGCAGUAAUGUGAAGAACAAAUCCAUUUACCAUAAAUAAAAUCAACUCUACCUCACAGGGAUAGACUGCUAAUACAGACAGACCCAGCCUUACCUUAGCUGUUUUCUGCCUUAUAUAGGUUCUGUAGGACCUGCCUUGUAUAGAACUCCUAACUGCUUUUAAUUUAAUCCCCAUGCAUGUACUUCUAUGCCUUCUCUUUGGACAGUUUUAUGAACUUCGCCCAGAAAGUGCCUCUUUCCCCUGCUCCAAGCCACUCACACAAUCAACAAUAGAAUCCCACUGGAGCAUAGUUCUGAACUACUCCAGAAAGAGCAAUCCAGGGUUUCUAACUGGGCACCUGCAUAAUGUUUAAUGGGAGGGGGGAAUAGAAGGUUUUGCUGCUCAUAGUGUUGCUUUCCUGGCAAAAAUUGUCCCACUUUUCAACAACUACAUGUAAAUUGUAGUAAACCACUACUAUUUGUAUAAUUAUGUAUUGUGGGAGAAGAUCCUGGGCUAUGGAUCAAUCAUUAUUUUGUGUAUUUGAGCAGAUUGUUUGCAGUGUGAAACAAAGGAGCUGUCACAUAAUCAAAGUGAUAACACCAUCUAGUUAUUAUCUAUCACGGUUUUAGGUAUCCUGUCCCCCUGCUGCAAGUUGAUAAACUCUUGCAUAGGGUUAUAUUGCAAACUGAACUGCAUUUCCUGCCAGUUUAGCAAACAGCUGCUCUCUGCUAUAGGUUUAAAUCUUGAGUACAUCUCAGAUAAAAGGAAAAAACAAAUAAAUAUAAAACUAUUGCUACUACCACCAAAAACGAAUAAAAGGUACUAGCUAAAAAAGUUCAGGAACUGAACUAUAAUUUUUGUCUUUUAGCUUUUAAAAGAGAUAUUUGUUUCAAUACUAGCUGGUUUUAAUUAUGACAAAUGUAUAUAAAAUAAAAUAAAAUAAAAACAAUUUAUAGAAA